AUGGUGAUUGAGACAGAUCCGAAUUUUGUGCUCACCAUGUUUUUGCUGGUCGCUUUCGUUCUCUCAUGGCUGCCUUUGUUAUGCCUCAAGGUGUUCGAGUACUUCAUUCCUCCACAGGCAGACGCUGACCUGUCUUUGGCCACUUUCAUCUUUGUCUGGUUAGCGAUAGCAGGACCAUCGGCCAAAUUCCUUAUAUACAUGUUUAUUAACGGAGCUUUUCGGAGCAGUUUUCUGUCUUGGAGACCGUGUUUGACAGUUUGCUGCCCGGCGAACAGGCAUCAAGAUUAUCGUGACAUUACUUUCAAUUCGUAUUUAUAG